AUGGACCGAAGGAAACGAGACAACCGACGGGGUCCAGGUGGAGGAGGUGGUGGCGGCGGUGGUGGAGGAGGUGGCGGUAAUCGCGACUACUAUAACGACAGAAGAGACGACCGUCACAGAGCCCAAGAUUCUCCACACUAUGCUCGUCGGCGAAGUCGGUCCCCUGUCACCGGUGACCCUAAGAGAGACCAACGUGAUGGAAACGACAGACGGCGACGGUCAAGAAGUCCUGAUGACUACCGUAAACGCCCAGACCGCUCCCACCGCUACCAAGACACCGAUUCAAAACGCCGUUAUCGCUCUCGCUCCCCUCCUCCCAAAGACCGAGAUCGAGAAAGAGAUAGGGACAGAGAAAGAAACAGAAGUCGUUCCCGUGAUCGCUAUCAAAAACGUCACGACUCCCGUUCCCGUUCUCGAUCUCGCUCACAUUCUCCUUCUACAUCCAAACGUCACCGCUCGCCUCCACAUCGAAACGGUAACAAAAAUAGCAAUAAAAACAGUAAAUCAAAACGUGAUGAUGAUGUCGACAUGAACGGUGGUGGCGAUGAUGGAGAGGAUGCUAUGAUGGCCAUGAUGGGCUUUGGAGGAUUUGGGACCACGAAAGGAAAGAAAGUAGAAGGGAAUAAUGCUGGUAGCGUCAAGAUUGAGAAGAAGGCGGAGUAUAGACAGUAUAUGAACCGUGCUGGAGGGUUCAACAGAGCUCUAUCGCCUAUUCCCGACUAA